AUGGCGACCAGUGCAGCCAUGCGAGCAACGGUGCUUCGCUCCCUGGAACUUGCCGCUUUCGUAGACGGGGGGAGUGACGCAGGUUUGCCGCUGGGGAAUGGAGAAGAGUGGCGACGGCUUUGGAGGUUGUGGAAGUCGGAGGCUGACACUGUGGACGAGCAGCUCUUCCUGUUCCUGGCUUGGCGUGGACAUCGUUACUGCGACCACAGUUUCGUGAAGGAUAUAGCACAUGAACUCUUCAUGGCCCUUGAUUUAGACGGCGACGCCGGCGUCAGCUGGGCGGAUUUGCAAACGCUGUUCAGACAGGGAGAUACGGGCGCCUGGGCGAGCAGUGAAGAGGCUGAGCGCAACAUAGACCUGAUGCAGCUCUUGGAUUAUCACGCAAUCAAGGACGAGGCUGAAGGAAGCAAGGACCCUCAACGGUCCAUCGGAUUUCCCAGCUUUCUGGCUUGGAUUUGCGAUGCCCAGGACACCGCAGCGAUUCGCCGCGCGGCGUCCGGCCGUCCCAUGGAAUGCGUGCUGCGCUUCGAUCGAUGGGUGCCCUUCAUGCGGCCGCAGGACCUGUGCGCCUGCGUCGACCCCAAAGAAGAGGAGGACUUCGAUGCGGUCCUGGGGGAAUCUCCACAGGAAUUGGCCUUGAAGGCAGCCAAGGCAGCGCUUCAGGAGGCUAGGCACGCGAAGCAGCUGGCAGACGCAGCGCAGCAGGCGUUGGAUUCGUCGCAGCCGGGCACGCUCAGCGCCCAGGAGAUGCGCAAAGCGUGCAACGCGCGCCAGGGAAGUCAGAUGUGCCAUGGUGAAAAGUUGGAAGAGAAACCAAGCUUCGGCAUGGCUCCGCCCAAGGCCUUUUGUGUCCAUGACACUGAUGCCACAGCUUCAGUUGCCACCCCGGCUCCAGCUGCCACGUCUUCAGCCGCUCCCACGGAGACGCCAGUGACGCCACGGCGGCCCUUGGUGCAAUCCAUGAUCGAAGAGAUGGUCACCCUGGACAUCUCUGGCCACGACCAGGCGCCCAUUGCGGACACGGUGAUGCCCAUGGCAACCCGACCACCGGUGGCAGCACCUGUGCGGCGCCUCAGCGGGUGA